ACCUGUCAACUCUCACACUGAAUGAGACUUGCUCUUUCACCCAUCACCAUGAAGGUCUCCGCAAUGCUUUUGUCCCUGCUGCUGACAGAAACCAUCAUCAGCACCCAUGUCCUGGCUCAGCCUGAUGGGAGCAAUAUCACCACCUGCUGCUACAAAGUGAACCGAAAGAAGAUCCCCAGGCAGAAUCUGGAGAGCUACACCAUGGUCACCCACAGCCACUGUCCCUGGCCUGCUGUGAUCUUCAAGACUAAAUUGGGCAAGAAGUUCUGUGCUGACCCCCAGCAGAAGUGGGUCCAGGAUUCCGUGAAGUUCCUGGACAUGAAAAUCACAACUCAGAAGCUUUGAACACAUAUGCCUGAAUGGAAGCCAAACCAGGAGCUGAGAAUAUAUUAUAUAUUAUUUAUAUAUAUAUAUAUAUAUUUAUAUCCUCUUUCCUUUCUCAGAAUUGUCUUGAGAUUCACUUAGUCUAAUCCCAAGUGAUAUGAGUUGUCUAAAGAGAUGUGAAUCACAGUGUUUCUUAAGCAAUGUUAAGUUAUUAUUUUAAUUUAAUUUGUCAUUGAUUCUGAUAUGUUUGGAAAUGAAGAGUCUUGGCCGUGUCACUUGACUCCUGUAAAAAUCUUGGGGUCCUCUUCUGUAUCCACUUUGCCACAGUGUGGUAAAGGGUUUGUAAGAAUCAUUGGAAAGAUUCUGUGGUUGUUCUUGUUGUUUUCAAUUUAGGAUGAAAGCAAAGAUGUUAUGAUACAAUGGGAUG